AGGCGGGAGGUGUUGAGGCACUUGCUCCGGAUUUGAGGACGGAAAGUGACACGUCAACGAGCCGCUCAGGAAUCUCUCUCCUCACUUCUGUGCGUUUGUAACUGAGCCCCGGACUGGCUUUCACUGAGUUCCCGGUUGCUUGAGCGAUUCUUGUCGGGGAGUCGGGGUGGGGGGCGUUGGGUAAAGAUGCCUUGGAGCUUUGGGUUGGAGGCCGAUCCGAGCGGCGCCCGGGAUGGGAGCGAAGCGGCGGCUCACCUGCAGCGCGGCGGCCAGCGGCACUGACUCAGGCACCCUGACUACACCAGUCUCACAACUCGUCAACCCCGGCCUUUCCCCACAGCCCGGCCUGGAGCGCAGCGACCCCCACACGGUCAGCCAGGACGUAGAGGGAUGACCCCUUUGCACUACACCAUGAUGGCGUUGUAUCUCGGACAGGUCCGGGCGGCUCCGGUGCAGUCGAGCGGCGCGGAACGGGGCGGGCCGGGUCUGGAGGAGGGCGAGGCGGACGGCGACGAGUUGGUGCUGGACGUGGCGGGCCUGGACUCGGACGCGGCGGGCAAGGAGUGGGACUUCUACUCGCCGCGGGUGGUGCUGGCACCGCGGCCGCCCGGUGACCCGCCGCUGCUCUUCAUCAUGGAGGAGUCUCUGGGUCAGAGCGCCGUGGCCAAUAGGACAGCGCGGGCGAGGAGACAGUCGGGGCCGGCGGGCGUGGACCCGUCCCGGAGAGGAGACCUGUCCGUAUGUGACAGCAGCAGCCAGUGGGUGACUGACCGGCGGGUGGCUGUGGACGUUCUGGGCAAAGUGGUCACCAUCCUGACUGACGUGCCCACCUCCACAGGCCCACUCAAACAGUACUUCUAUGAGACCAAAUGUAACGAGCGCUCGUCCACGGCACAAGGCGGCUGCCGGGGCGUAGACAAACGCCACUGGAUCUCCGAGUGCAAGACCAAGCAGUCGUACGUGCGAGCUUUGACGGUGGACGCGUUGAAGCGCACGGGGUGGCGUUGGAUCCGCAUUGAUACGUCGUGUGUGUGUACUCUUAUAAACCGGACAGGCAGACAGUGAGCGGCCCCCACCCGCCUCUUAUCUAUGUUGCUGUAAAUAUAUAAAGUAUAUAAAUUAUUUCACCGAGUUUUAUGGAUUGCAUGUAAAAAUGCUGUUUAUACAUUGAACUGCUGUAUUUAUUCCUGAAUUUACACAUUGAUACUGUUUGUAUUAACUUAUUGUAUUUUGAAAUAUAUUAUUCUUCACCUA